AUGAGGUUCCAGAUCCCGUCGUUUGGUAGGGGUUACAAGAGUGUUGCGCGCGAGGACGUUGAGACUAGUGCGGCCUCGGGCACCCUCAGUGGCGGUGAUGAUGUGUUAGAAGAGGCGUCGUCCAGCGGGGCGCAAGACGUCGGGUUGCUCCCCGGUGGAGAGAUACCCGUGGACCCACCAAUGUAUGACGGUUCUGGGUCUGUCCCGGGGUCUGUGCCCUUUGAACAGAUGGAUGUGGAGGAUGUGCCGUUGGAGGGCCAGUCGACUUUGACUUCCAUGUCUGGGAAGGUCGGGAGGCUGAUCGAUAACCUAAACAUAAAUGUGAUUAGACCCGUUAGGCAGAAGGUGAUGGACCCGCUGGCGCAGCUUCUGGUUGUCGUUGAUGAAAGGACAGACUUCUAUCUUAACAAGAUCGGGAACCCGAUUAUCCUGAGGAGGUUUUUCUACAUCAUCUUCAUGUCGACCAUCGCGUGGGUCGUCAUGGCUAGUGGGUUCCUGCCCAACAACCAUGCGAGCAGGUUUGGUGGUAUGUUCUCGGAUCACGAGAUGCUGCUCCAGUACGCCAGACAGACGAUGGACUUUUCGAAACUGGAGAGAGAUUUGGAGUACGUUAGUUCCAUCCCACACAUGUCCGGUACAAAGGGCGAUACUGCUAUCAUGAACUACCUUGAGGAGUCCAUGGAUGCGAACGGGGUGAAAGUGAUCAAACAGUUCCAGUACAAGGCGUAUUCGAACUAUCCAAAAGAUAUUGCAUUGAGUAUAAAACUGGCCAACGGUGACAUUGUGGAUCUGCAACUGUCUACAGAGAAUUUCAGCCCACUGACAGCAAAUGGAGCCCUGGAGAACGUCAAUAUUGUCUACGGUGAUAAGGGUUUAAAGGCACAACUAGAGGAUUUAAAGAGUCAAGGUCUUCUAGAUUCCGAGUUCGUAAUAAUGUUGAAGUAUUCGACGUUCCCCAACGAACAAAUACUGCUGGCAGAGCAAUAUGGAGCGAAAGGUGUUCUCUUUAUGACUGGGAAGCAUGGGGAUAACGGAGACCUUGUACAGGCGAAACCGGCCUCUUACCCGCAGUUCAGUACUGGUGACAUUCUAACACCAGGGUACAAUGGCCCCCUGACUGACGAAAUAGACAUCAACCAGGCAAAAACGGUCCCAAGGAUCCCAGUGGUCCCUCUUUCGUACAACCAGGGGAACAAAAUACUGGAACAACUUACUGACAAGGGCAUAAAAUACAGUGACGGGACGUUUAGUGGACAGAGCGACGAUGUGAAGGCGAACUUAAAGGUUGUCACUGCGGUCAGGGAGAGACAACCGGUAUACGAUGUGAUAGGGAAAAUAGAGGGCAGGGAGCAAACAGACAAAGCUAUAAUUAUAGGUGCGUCCAGAAAUUCCAACAACCAUGGUGCCAGAUACCCUGGUUUCGGGACCGCGAUGCUUCUAUCGUUGGUCGAGAUCUGCCAAGAAAUGAAAUAUAAGUACAACUGGAAACCGCUACGGAACAUAUAUUUUAUCUCAUUUGGUGGAUCCGAGUUCAAUUUCGCAGGUGCGACGGAACUAAUGGAGGAGAGGAUGACUGCGUUAAGAGAUGAAACGUAUUCUUUGAUAGACAUAUCGCAACUGGGGAUAUGGGACGACACGAAGCAAUUGAACGUCCAAACGCACCCAUUGUUGCACGAUCUUUUCAAGAACGAACUGCCCAAGAUGGAGUUCGACGUGAACGUAGAACACGUUCAACAAUACGGAGACUGGAUACCGUACAUGGCCAAUGGGAUUCCAGUCACAGUGUUGUCCCACCCACAGAUUAAGAGCAGACAGUUGCCCGUAGAGACAGCGGAGGAUACUUUCAGCAGUAUACAGGACAUGAUACGGGAUGGGGAAAAGGGCGAAAUGGCACAAGACUUGUUGCUGUACGUGUUCAACGCGAUAUUGAAACUGUCAGACAACGCAUAUAUACAGUUCGACAUCGCGGACUACAUCUCGAUCGUGGAAGGCGCACUCAACAAACUGAAGGAGGAAGUCGGGGACCGUCUGAACACGAAACCGUUCUUUUUCGGCAUAUCGACGUGGAAACGUAUCGGGAUAGAGUGGGACAAUUGGGUCAAAGCGUGGAGUCACCUCGUGAUUGUGCAAGAGGACGGGAUUGAGCCAUCGCUUGUGUCCGUCCACAGAUGGACAUGGAACAGGAAACUGUCCAACGUUGGCAGGCGGCAGCUUUCGCUCGCGGGGUUCCCCUACGACCGGAGUUUCUACAAGAACAUACUAUUUUCGCCUACCUUCUGGACUGGGGACGCAAGUAACGGCCGCUGGAUAUUUCCCUCGGUAAGGGACGCCAUCGACCGCCAGGACUGGGCGACCGCCCAGGAACAACUCAACAUCGCAGCGAAGGUCUUGAAACAGUCCGCCGAAUACUUCAUCGAGGAGAACGACGGCAGUAUCUCCUUCCGCUGA